AUGUUGGCUAUCAGUUAUGUGAGUCUCUUAGUAGUUUCAUUCGUAAAUAAUGUUGCUGGCAACUGUUUGGUAAGUGGAUAUUGUGGUGUUGGCCAGUGUUGUUCGGCAUACGGUGCUUGUGGCUCAGGUGCUCAAUACUGCGGUGGUGGAGGUUCUUCAUACUUAGGAUGGUCCGGCGGUGGUUCACUAUAUGUUGCCAAUGAUUGUCGUGUUGUAGGUUGUCGAACUGGUGGUUGUUGUUCAGCUUAUGGACACUGUGGACAGUCAAUUGAAUAUUGCGGUGGUGGUGGCGGUGCUGCUUUUGUCGCACCUGCUCCAAUACAAAACCAAUGUGGAAUAACUGGUUGCCCAGGUGGUUCAUGCUGUUCGCAACAAGGACAGUGUGGAAGUUCAGCCGCUUAUUGUGCUACUGUUACAUAUAACAAUUGUGGUGCUACAUCAUGUGGUGUUGGUCUUUGCUGUACACGUUAUGGAUAUUGUGAUAGAGUCGGUCCUUAUUGUGGUUAUAAAAAAUCAGGCAGCAACAGUGAAUCAGUAUCACUUGAAGGAGAAUUUAAAGGUGAAGCAACAUAUUACAAUGAAACCAAGGCCGGUACACAAUAUUCAACAUGCGGUAUUGCACGUGGAUUAUCAUUGGAUGAAAAUAAUCAAACAAUUUAUAGUGCUGCUCUUAAUCAAGCACAAUUUGAUCCAUUUACUCUUCAAGGUAUCCCAAGCUCAAACCCAAUCUGUCAAAAGAAAGCUGUUGUCAAAGGUCCCGUAGGUGAAAUUAUUGUUCGUUUUAUUGAUCGAUGCCCUGAUUGUAAAGCAAAUGAUAUUGGUUUAACUCAACAAGCCUUUAUUGCAGUUGCCGGAGAACUUGGUAUAGGUCGCACAUCUGUCGUAUGUUGUACGCUGUCUCGCGAUGUGACACUCAAUCAAAAGUGGAAGUUAUGGAAAGAUACGCACAAUAAACACUAUUCGGAUGUUGAAGAACAUCUUCGUCGCACUGUCUGGGGAAAUAAUUUGAAGAUAGUUGAAGAACACAAUCUUCAAGCUGAUCUUGGUGUUCAUACAUACUGGCUUGAAAUGAACAAAUAUGCUGAUUUAACUGUCGACGAAUUUGUUAAAGUAUUGAAUGGUUUCAAUGGCAAAAUGCAAGAAGAGCACAAUCAAGAUCAUCAAACGUUUACAUUAGAUCCAAGUGUUGAAUUACCAGAUACUGUUGACUGGCGUAAGAAAGGUGAUGUUGUGCAUGUCAAAGAUCAAGGUCAAUGUGGAUCAUGCUGGGCUUUCUCAGCAGUUGGUGCAAUCGAAAGUGCAAACGCCAUUAAAACUGGUGUACUGGUUGCACUCUCUGAACAGCAGUUAGUUGAUUGUUCUGGUAAAGAGGGUAAUAUGGGUUGCAAUGGUGGUUUGAUGGAUCAAGCCUUCAAAUAUGUCAAAGACGCCGGCGGUAUUGAAACCGAAAAUUCAUAUCCAUAUGAAGCCAUGGAUAAAGCAUGCGUGUUCAAUACAUCAAAGGUUGUUGUCAAAGUUUGCGGAUUCAUUGACAUUGCAUCAGAAGACGAAAUCGCUCUUCAACAAGCCGUUGCUACUAUUGGGCCAAUGUCGGUUGCUAUUGAUGCUAGUCACUCGUCAUUUCAGUUAUACAAAAACGGUGUCUACAAUGAACCAGCUUGCUCUCAAACUCAACUUGAUCAUGGUGUUCUCGCUAUAGGUUACGGUAAAGAUUCGGGCAAAGAUUAUUGGCUUGUAAAAAACAGUUGGGGUACAGGCUGGGGUGCUCAAGGUUAUAUUAAGAUGGCACGCAACAAAAAAAAUCAAUGUGGUAUUGCCACGAUGGCCAGUUAUCCAAUUAUUUGUUGA